CGAGAGUAUCCAAAGUUUGAUGUGUGUUGUGGUGUAAGUGUAUGCCUUGUGUGUUUGUUUAUAUAAAAGUUUCAGAAUGAGCUGUUUUAUUCAAGUUUCAGAGGAUGAAAGUGAGGAACCCAUUGAACUUCCGUGCGAAGACGAUGGCACACUGUUACUGACAACGCUGUCCGCUCAGUUCCCGGCCACAUGCGGACUCAAAUAUCGAAACCCGGAGUCAGGAACGAUGCGUGGAGUACGUUUGGUCGACGGCCGAUUUCACCCGCCAGACAACGGAUGGGGCAAUGUUGUGUAUUACUGUGUUUUCCCUAAAGACGCGUGCCUGCACAACUCUGAGAACAAACGCAAGAGUGACGAGCAGCUGGAGAACAGCACGGCCAAGACCAAGCGGCUGGAGAACCGGCAGAAAUGCUCCGACCUGAUAGUGCUGGGCCUACCCUGGAAGACCUCGGAGCAGGACUUGCGCCAGUACUUCGAGACGUUUGGGGAAGUCCUUAUGGCACAGGUGAAGAAGGACCCCAAGACAGGCCAGUCAAAAGGAUUUGGCUUCAUCCGCUUCUCCAGCUACGAGUCCCAGGUGAGGGCCCUGUCCAAGCGGCAUCUCAUCGAUGGCCGCUGGUGUGACGUCAAGAUACCAAACUCCAAAGUGAGUGCUCAAGAUGGCCAGGCAUCGGAGCUCAGCCGCAAGGUGUUCGUGGGCCGCUGCACUGAGGACCUGAGCUCUGACGAUCUACGUGACUACUUCUCCAAGUAUGGCGAGGUGACAGAUGUGUUUAUCCCCAAGCCAUUCCGUGCGUUUGCUUUUGUCACCUUCGUCGACCCAGACGUGGCACAAUCACUGUGCGGUGAGGACCACAUCAUUCGCGGCACCAGCAUUCAUGUCAGCAACGCGGUGCCGAAGAGCGAGGCGGCACCUUCGUCGCACCACCAUGCUCUGGGACCACUCGCAGGCGGCGGUGGAGGGGCAGGCGGGGGAGCUGGGGGGAGGGGACCCGGGACUGGCCCCGCCCACAGGGGUGGGCCUCUCGAUGUGGGUCGGUCCGCUGGUCAGGGUGCUGCAUAUGCGGCACCGGGGCCCUUCCCGGGCGCGCACCAUCUGGCACCCCAUGGUGGCUGGGGCCAUCAGGCAGCCGGGGGAGCACAUCGCGGCGCAGACUUGCCAAACCUCUUAGGUGGCAGCUUGGGCAUGGGGCCCCUUGGUGCUGCACAGGCACAAGCCACGCCUCCGCAGGGUGUGAACACUACUCCUCCCACGUUGGGCAUGGGCGCGCUCAACUUGGGCGCCGCAACACUGCCCCUCAGUUCUGCCGUUGUAGCAGCCCUGGGGCAGGCGGCAGGCUUUGGGCUCUUCGGGGGGUCGUUCCAGGGGGGCGCGGGGGACCAGGGUCCCGGAGGACCCCCACCGCCUAACUCAGGUGCUGGCGGGUCGGGCUCCUUCUUGGGCUGGAUGGGACAAGGAGGAGCCGGACAGGCAGGCGGCUCUGCCGAUGCCGGGGCGGGCCAAGGUGGACCCUGGCCCCAGCGCGAGGGCAAGCAGGGCUUCGGCAUGUCCGUCUCCCCCUGAGCAUCUGUGCUCGCUGGGGGACCGUUUGGUCUGCCCGCUCUCUGGUGGCACUGGUGUACUCUUGGGGCCGUCCCCUGUCAUAUCUUAUUGGUCUCGCGAUUGGUUCGAGGCAUAGAAUGUGGCGACUUGUAGAGGGCGCCACCAUAGCCACAUAUGCUUCUGGGUGCCACGUGAGUAUGUUGGCACAAUUGGUACGAUCAAAGUGAAAUGCAUUUUUUGAUUGCUGUUUUUCGUGGCUGCCCGAGUGCACCGGUGCGGCCGCCCCAGGGAGAUUGUAACUGGAAGAGUCCUUAUCACACACUGGCUUGUACUGGCGGGAGGAGUCGGCUGCAGUGAGUGUUGGUGUUGGAGGUGCGGGUUAGGAGGAGGGAGGUGGCGCGGCCGCCAGCAGCUCCGUCCGGGUGUCGUGUGGUAUGUCUGGCCUGUGCGUGUGGGUGUGUCUGGUGGUUCGCGUGGGCCUCUGCCGGCCUCCCUCCUCCUUCUGGGCAGAUGCAUUACAAGUGUGUGGGCCUACGAGGACAAAAGCCCGUGCGAAUGUCACGUGUAUUUAAAGCGUGCAUGGUGCGUGUCUGGAGGAGUCUCUCUCUUGCCACUGCUGUCUCUUUCUCUUCUGCUGUACAUAAACCUGUAUAUUUCUAAAGCGAAUUGUUCUGUGCAUAGACGCAUGCAUGAGGUGGGAUUCUGGAGAUGUGAGGGCCAUCGACUGCUCAUGGUAUCUGAGGCUUGGCAUGGAUUAGCCCUUACCUUACACAUUACAGCUUCUUUCUUUUGGACAAGUGUGGUACGAUGAUAGUAACUUUGAGUGAAGGGUCAAGGCAGAAUGCUUUUUUUACAGUGAAUUUUUGCGUGUGCUUGUCUGGGCUGCCAGGAAUUUUCUAUGAGUACUUAGCCACAGGCACCAUGAGCAUUCAAGCCUCUUGUUAACUACAGUGACUUGCACGCACAAAGUUGUUGCUGCAUUGCAUUUUUCGAGCCCAUAGAAAUGCUUUUCUGGAAUAGCACAGCUGCCACUGUAAGGCCCCAAGCAAUUGUGAGAGCCUCAGUUAAGAUGAUCGCACGCUGAAUCGAGCAAAUUGUUUUGCAAUGCACAACUGUGUGAGUGCAUUUUCAGAGCAUUAAUCGAGUACGAGUGCAUUCUCGAGUGCAAAGAAGUAAUUACAGGGCGUCUUCAUCUGGGCUAGUGUUGCUCCUCUGAUGGUGGGCACACAUGGGGUUGCAUUUCAUCUGCAAUUUCGGUAUGUGACGUGGCGAGCCAGCCUUCCUCUCGAGGUGACUCGUCUUUCCUGGGCUUUCUCUCGCUUCCUAUGCCCAUCUGCGAUCCCAAACGGGAGUUUAUACUCGUGAGACAACUUGCUGUGUGCUAUGUAGAGAUAGCUGGCGUUUGCUUAGAUAGGUUUGUGAAGAACUUGUUUCAUUGCUAUUGGCUUCCCCAUCUAGCCGAGCGGGUAGCUCUCUCGUCUUCCUUUCAGGGACAAGAAUGCGUCGAUACUUUUUGUGGCCAGUAGUACUUUCAAUUAACAUUAUGCAGCAGGAUUUUGCUGCACAUUGGUUAGGGAUUAUCGGUGUCUGGAACAGUGGCAGCCUGAUGUUCUCCCUGGCGGGCUGCUCGCGUAGAGUCUUCGUUUGUUUGACUGACCAAAGCUUCUGUUAAUUUGUUCCGGACACCACCGCCUUCAUAGCCUUCACGUGCACGCGUUCGGCUCGCACUUCUUUCACUGCUGGCUCGUACCGUUAAUGCAGCAUAUAGUGCCGGUUACUCUGUCAUUUACUUCUUUUUUGCACACUUGACAGGGGAAAAAUAAUACGCCUAGUUGCCACUGCACUGUAAGGCAGACAUUCUGACAAUUGCCGCUGGGAUGUGCAAGAAACGUAGUGCGAGUUUGUAUCUGGUUGGAUGCUUUCGGUACUGGUGAAAGGCAACCACACUUCAUUGUAAAUCCAUUUGCACAUCUCCAUUGCAUGGGGAAACGCCUGGCCAUUGUUACCCAGCACUUGUGUUCGUGUCAAAGCCUAGUUGGCUGGCCACUGCUGUGGGGAAAUGCCAUUCACUUCGCAGGGAACUUGCUUGUAGUAGUGGGUGCAUGGCAGCUGUAAGUCGUUGAUAGUUUGGCUACCGCAAGCAGCUUUCGAGUGUGGGCUGGUUUCUCUUGCCGGUGUUCAAUCCUCCUAUCUAUGUUGCACUGUCUCUGACAAGGCACGGCUCUGAGCACAAUGUUUGACCCUCUUGUCCAUUCGUUGCACCUCCGCUGCAAAGCCGCACUUACUAUAAUUAAUGCUUGAGCCUCGCAGGUGCAUUUUUUUCUUUUUGUAAUUGGGAUGGGAAAGGAUAUGAAAGAAGCAUUUUCGGAGCUUCCAGGCAAGCUGAUGCUUGAGAGAAGAAAGCGCUUCACCUACGAAGGGGAAUGCAUUGCGGAUAUAUGCUGCUUGCUUUUAUGCCCCUCUUUAUCAGUACUCCGCAGUCUCCUCUGAUACAAAGUACCUGUACAUGUUUGCGGCUAUUCUGCUGCCCUGAUAUUUGCGAUAACAUCUGCGCCUUUCUUAAGGGGCAUUAAAACUGUAUUGCCGUUGAAUGCUUCCCAUUCCUAUGCUGAGGAAGCUUAAAUUAGUUGCACGUGGUGAAUUCCUACAAAUUUGAAAAGAAAGAAAAAGAAGGUAAUUUCAGUGCCAGGUGUGUUGUGUUCUCGAGGUGCAGUGCAACAAAACCGUUAACCUAGACUUUCUCCACGGUUAUACUGUCGACACUGUGUCCACAAGUGAGGCCAAAGUUGGCCACUUAAAUGCCGUUAGUCCUUCUGCUUCAUUGGGCUUGAGAGAAGUGAAAUUUCUCUGAUUAAAUAGCUUCGAUUGCAGUAUUCCAUUUCACAGCCCCGUGUGAAUCUGCAGAGCUUUAGGCCUGAGUGAUUCAGUGACUCGGGCUGGAGUAUUUGUGUCUUUUUUGGUUUUUCAGAUAUUAAGUCCUCAAGGUCAAAGUGCAAAGGGCACUUUUUUUUUUGGGAUGUCAGCCCCUGCCAAAUGACAUCUCGCCUGAAAGUUGUGCAUCGUUCAUCUCGCACAAUCUUGAAAAAAAGAAUGUAUGUAACAUAAUUUAUUCAUAACUGCGAUAGCGCUAUUUGCACUUAAUGACAUCUCAUCUCACACAAAAAUGGCUUUUUGCCAUUCUCGAGAGAUUGUCGUGCGUUGUGGUCGCUCAAACAAGAUGCAUGUCCAAUACUGCCGACGAGCCUCAGAAUUCUUCCGAUCAGGUCGUUGGUUGUAAGGUAGAGGCGUGACACGGUGUAUUCUCGAGAUUGCUGCAUGUGACAUUUGUACAUAACGGUACACCUGUGCAGUCCAUACUGUUUGUUAACGUAGCAGUAGCUAGCUCAGCUUUGCACAGGAGAAACCACCAUCAGCCAUUGUCUCGAUGAAUGGAACAGAGAGGGUGCGGCUACCGGUUUUGCCUAUGCCAGCUGCUGUCUACAUAGUGUCAACUGGUGUACCUGUGGCUGGAUUUUCAACAAAAUUGUAUCAAAAACAAAGUUCCGAAUAGGUUUGCACGCAAUGCGAGAGACUGUACCUGUCACAGCUUGUACUUGAUGGCAGGGACACAUAGGCAUCUAUGUUAGCCUGAUUGCCAGUCUCAAUAGGUCUCAAAAACAUGUUUUUGAUGUUUAAGAAAGUUAAUCCUUCUGGCACUGGCAUGUAACUAAAUCGGAAUUGCUGUUGGCUACAAAAUAUUGAUCUAAGGAACCUUGGUCGUCAUCUGCGUUAAAAAAUUUCCCUAAAUCGUGGUAUAUAGAGCCUAGGUUGUUAUCUGCAAAUCAGCAUUAAAAUACGGAACCUUCGCUGUUAUCAGCGGACAAGUAUCUGAAUAUACGGAAUUUUGAUCUACAAUACCUUGGUCGUCUGCAGAACAUUGCAACAGCCGAGGCCUCAGCAACUGAUGCACACUCAUUGUAGCUGGCACAGCUCAGCUGGUAGUCCCCACCCCUUGCUUCCAACACCCGGCCGUUUUAACGUGAGAACCCAAACAUGCUUCGAUUGGGUCGUCAUCGUCAGUUAGCUGUCUUUAGUGGAGUUGGGUGUUUGAUGUGGUUGCCCUCUUCUGCUAUUGUUUGUUUCUUACCAUGACUUUUUUAAAUGAGUGGUGCACCCUCUUGUGGAUGGGUACAUAACAUGGCGAUUGUAAUCUUUUUCUUUUUGUCAUCCUUCUUCUCCCCUAUAUAUAUUUUUUAAUGCUCUUUAGUGUGCCUGAUGAUAUCCGUUGUUUGGAAAAACCAGCACACUUCACAGAAAUGACAGUUGCAUCUUUGAGAGUAAAUUGACGGGUGUGUAGACUGUGUGUGCUGUGUGCAGUUGGAGAGGAAAAAAAAACUUUAUUGUGGUGACGCUGUUUAUAUCGUUAUAGUAGACUUCCUUCUUGGGGUUCUGUUUUGUAACUUCCUUUUUAAAGAGAGGUGUGUGCACGUGGUUUGAUUAACUUUAUCCAAUGAGCUGUGGCGCUUUUAGCACAAAAUGACUCGUGGCAAGUUUCGCAUUGCGUUGGCUGGCGUGGCUGGCUGGCAAUUUCCCGACGCUCCCCAUUUAGGUGAUGUAAAUUUGGACAUGCGAAGUGAAAGAUUCGUGUGUAGGUAUGCUCAAGAAAUGUUGAUUGAAUGCGAGAGGAGCACAAUGAAAUGAAUGAGUGUUUGAGGAGAAAAACGUGUUGACCACCUUCGAAACUUUUUUUUUUCUUUUAUAGUGCCUCGUGGCUAAUGUGAUGGUGUUUUGUGGUGGUCAUAGUCCAGGCGAGAAUAACUGUAAAUGCUUUGUUUGUCCAGUGAACAUGCUUUUUUUUUUUUUUUUUUUUGCGAACGAGAGCGCGAGUGCCCAACGUACCUAGUCCUAAACCAGACUCUCUGGACAGUGUGACAUUUGUAUUACUUGAAAGUGCAAAUCUGGCUGGCCUUGCUGUGUGAAACGAGCCUGGGAAAUUGCUAGCCACAUUGGUCAGAGUAGCGCCCUCUUUUGCUAUUUUUUUCCUCACCCAUUUGGGAUUCUGCUGUUCGAUUUCAUUCGUUGCACCAAGACAGACACAUUCGUGAUUGCGCUCGAACUCAUGUAAAGUAGUGCUCUUCAAACAACUGGGCUUUUUGUAUUAGACAUCGGCAAUAACCGCAGCAUGACGGAUCCUGCUGGAUGCGCUGCUAUAAUGCAUUAUCAUUAUGACUAAGCCUGACACAAGGCGGAUGAUGUAUUUAAUGAUACCUUUGUUAUUUUGGGAGGGCCGAUACACGGUCACUAUAAUGCACCAUCGUUUCUCUGCGAGAGGCUGCUACGGUUAAUGAUGCCAUUGCCUGACCAGUGUUUAAACACCCAAGCUUGAGGAGCUCUGUACAUUCCUAGAGGUACUCUUGCCUUCACAGUGUGUAUACUUGCCAGUAAGCAUGUAGAACAAGAGCAGCAGUGAUGCAGCCUGUUUCUCUUUGUAGUAGGAGUGCGUGUGUGUGUGCUUUUUUUUCUCUCCCUUUUUCUUGCUCUCGAUGGUCUUGGUGUAAAGUGAGUGUGCACAAAAGAAGAAAAAACAGAGAUGCGUAUUGCCUUUAGUUAAUCAUUGCUGUGGGUGGAGUGCGUGUGUGAUGCAUGUUGUGUAUGAUGUGUGUUGCGGCAAACAGGAAACAAAUAAAAGCCGUUUCUAUAUCGGACA